AUGGGAAGACUAACCAACACAACAUGCAUAGCCACUCUCGGCUACAAAUACCACGGAUUACACAUGCAUUUCAAUAUCCAAAUCAUGCUCCAUGAUAGCCGCAAAUUAGAAAUUACUCCGAACUCUGCUCUCGUAUUUGGGACUCAAACUCCAGGCCAUUCGAUCCUAAAUAUCUACGAAACUCUCCCUCUCGGCCCCACACAACAAGAAACCCGGAUCGUCAAACUCCUACCCAGAAGCGGAAGCGGAAGCGAUAUCCCAAAAUACGAGCUCCUCAAAGCUUCAUUUGGAGACCAGCCUGAUUAUGAAGCUCUUUCAUAUACCUGGGAGCAAGGGAGCGGAAAUAGCGAGAUCAGCCUCUAG